AUGAGAUUUUUCGAGCAACGUCUGUCCGCUGGAUGGUCAUUCAGGGACCGAGAUAAAGAGACACCCGAUGCAUGGAUGCCUGUGCCAGCGGUGCCUUCGACGGUGCAACAGGAUCUCAUCGUAAACAGAAAACUCGAGGAUCCAUACGUCGGCUUCAACGAACUCAAGGCCCAUUGGGUUAAUGAAAAGUCAUGGGUAUACCGAACGGAGCUAAAGCGACCCCGCGUUCCUACCGGCACGCAAGUGGACUUGGUGUUCGAUGGCCUAGACACGUUUUCCUCGGUCACGCUCAACGGCCGGACAAUUCUUACGAGCAGUAAUAUGUUUCUCGGCCACCGGGUGGAUAUCACAGAGGCUCUAGAAUCCGAGGGCCCACACGUGCUUGAGGUCGAGUUUGGUUGCGCUCAGCUCAAAGCACGCGAGCUGCGUAACCAACACCCAGACCACCGAUGGGAUGGCUUCAAUGGCGAUAUGGCGCGUCUGGCCGUGCGCAAAGCACAAUAUCACUGGGGCUGGGAUUGGGGCCCAGCAAUUAUAACCGCUGGUAUCUGGCGCGGCGUACGCUUGGAGGUAUACGCUGUGCGAGUAGCAGACUUGUGGCCGCAAACGCAGCUCGAGCCCGACCACCAGACGGCCACUGUCGCAGCCACUGCCGAAAUCCACGCCGCCAUCCCCGGAAACUAUACGGCCAGCUUCCUUCUAACUCUGCGUGGAGACGAAGUCGCGCGUAAAGAUGUUCCAGUGGAAGCUGGUAAGACGGCUGAAGCAAAGUUUGAGGUCAACAACCCAGAGUUAUGGUGGCCUCAUGGCUACGGGUCUCAACCUCUAUACGAUAUCUCGGUGUCAGUUAUUGCGCAUGGCAAAGAGCUUCAUAAGAUAUCGAAGAAAUUCGGUGUUCGGUCAGCCGAAGUUGUCCAACAGCCUGAUAAGCAUGGCAAGUCUUUCUUCUUCCGAAUCAAUGGACAAGACAUUUUCUGCGGUGGCUCUUGCUGGAUUCCAGCCGAUAGUCUUCUGCCUAGAAUCAGCGAAGAACGGUACAGAAAGUGGAUUGACCUUAUAGUUGCGGGUGGUCAGACCAUGAUCAGAGUCUGGGGUGGUGGAAUUUACGAAGAUAAAUCCUUCUAUGAAGCUUGCGACGAGCUCGGUGUACUAGUGUGGCAAGACUUUAUGUUCGGUUGCGGAAACUACCCAGUCUGGCCUGAGCUGCUGGAAUCAAUACGGCAGGAGGUAGUUUACAACGUCCGCCGAUUGCGACACCACCCCUCAAUUGUUGUAUAUGUCGGCAAUAAUGAGGAUUACCAAGUCCAGGAGCAGGCAGGCCUCACUUAUAUCUACGAUGACAAGGAUCCAGAAAGCUGGCUCAAGACAGAUUUCCCUGCACGCUACAUCUACGAGAAGCUACUACCAGAAGCGGUGGCUGAGUUCUCUCCGAGCACCUUUUAUCACCCAGGAAGCCCGUGGGGUGAUGGAAAAGCCACUUCUGAUCCUACCGUCGGAGAUAUUCAUCAAUGGAACGUUUGGCAUGGAACGCAGGAGAAGUAUCAGAUCUUUGACACCCUGGGCGGCCGCUUUAACAGCGAAUUCGGCAUGGAAGCCUUCCCGCACUUGGCGACGAUCGAGUAUUUUGUCCAAAAUGAGGCCGACAAGUUCCCACAAUCCCACGUUAUUGACUUUCACAACAAGGCUGAUGGUCACGAAAGACGAUUGGCGACCUAUCUAGUGGAGAACCUCCGCAUGGCUACAGACCUCGAGACAUACAUCUACCUAACCCAGGUGGUGCAGGCGGAGACGAUGAUGUUCGGAUACCGUGGGUGGCGCCGACAGUGGGGUGAUGACCGACACUGUGGUGGAGCGCUGUUGUGGCAAAUCAACGAUUGCUGGCCGACAAUCUCGUGGUCAAUUGUAGAUUACUUCCUACGACCCAAGCCAGCGUACUACACAGUUAAACGGGUGAUGCAGCCGCUGGCUAUUGGCGUCCGUCGUGAACACAACGACUGGAGUGUCGUUCACGCAAAGCCCCCGAUCAAGAGCCGGUAUGAGAUGUGGGUUGCUAGCAGUAACCGGCAGGUACUGCAAGGAACCGUCGAACUGCGGUACUUGUCGGUGGAGAGCGGCCGGGACCUAUGUCCCCCGGUCAUCUACGAUAACGUUGCUAUCGCCGCCAACGGUACGACCAAUGUGAUCACAAACGGAGUCAUUGAUCACCUCAUCCAGCCCGAGGCACAGGUUCUCGCCGCGCGGCUCUGGGUGGGCGGUCGUGUUGUGGCUCGCGACGUUGACUGGCCACAGCCGUUCAAAUACCUCGACUUUGCUGACCGCGGGUUGGACGUUAAGGCAAAGCCUGGGACUACCGCUGGAGAGCAGAUACUCACCAUCAGCGCACUAAGGCCGGUGAAGUGUGUUGUGUUCGAGGAGCGGGAGAAUGUGCAACUCAGCGAUAGCGCCUUGGACAUCAUACCAGGUGAUGAGCAGACGGUGGUAGUAAGAGGACUCAGUGAAGGCGAUCCUCCACUUAAGUAUCGCUACUUAGGUCAGUGA